AUGAUCGAUAACGGUUUAGUUGUGAGAUGUCACGCAAGUGUUCAGGUAGUCUACGGCGGCACUGGCUCCCCGACCGGUGACGAGCAUCGCAAUAUGUCCGAGAAGGUUCAGAAUAUGGCUUCCGCGAUUUACCGGGAAUUCGAGCUCAUGAUCCAAAAAUAUGGCGAAGAUGGAGUCAAGGCAAGUCAGAACUAUUGCAUGGUAAUCAAAUUAUUGUUGCAGACCUUAAUGCCGCUGGUUGUGAACGUGCUAGAGGCACUAGAUCUUGCAUUUCUGGAACGUGAAGAGGCAGCAGUUGAUCAGGAAAUGCUCAAAGAAGAUAACGAACAGCUCGUCACGCAAUAUGAAAGGGAAAAACAGUUGCGAAGACAGGCUGAACAGAAGUACAUGGAAAUUGAAGACAACCUCAUCGGUCAGAACAAAGAGUUGGAGGCGAAAAUUGAAUCUCUUGAAUCAAUCAUGAGAAUGCUAGAACUGAAAGCCAAGAAUGCUUCUGACCAUGCGUCACGGCUCGAGGAACGCGAAGCUGACCAGAAAGCUGAAUUCGAUCGUUUGCAUGAAAGGUUUGUAAUCAUUGAGGAUUUUUGCUUUAUUGUCUGUUUGGUCAAUUGCUACUGCUUGUCGAGUGAAUACCCGGUUUGA